CAUUUAAACUUUCUCCUUGUAAAGUACUUUCUACUGUAUUACUUGAUCAAGAAUAUAAAGAUAUUAAUAUUAUAGUUCAACACUUAUUUAACCAAACACAGUAUUUUUCACUUAUUACUGAUAUUGCUACAAAAGAACAAUAUUACACUGUAGAUAAUAUAGUAUUAAAUAUUGAAAAAAUUAUGUUAGAAGUAGGAAUUAAUAAAUUCAUUGCAAUAUAUAAUUACUGA